AUGCUAAGCUCGAAAACAUUUCUGAAUCUAGUUCGCACGAGUCGUUCCAGAAUGUCGUCAAAUUUCGCACCAAAACCUGCAGAGAGGACCGCUCAACACGCUGCAUCGAUUUGGGUAGAAUUCACCACAUUGGCCGCCGAAACCAAAGCCGUCAACCUUGGGCAAGGGUUCCCGGAUAGCCCGGCCCCGAAAUUUGUCACAGAUCUCCUCGAAAAUCUGUCAAAACAGCCGGAACUCACUGCAGCCCACCAAUACACACGUGGAUAUGGUCAUCCAAUGCUCGUCGAUAUUCUUGCCAAGAUGUACUCACACUUCUACAACGUACAGGUCGACCCGAUGAACGAAGUUCUUGUCACUGUCGGAGCCUAUCUGUCGCUCUACUAUGCGUUCUUGGGAUGGGUCAACAAAGGAGAUGAAGUUCUUAUCAUCGAACCCGCCUAUGACUGCUACUACCCACAAGUGAAGUUCGCUGGUGGAGUGCCUGUGCCAGUCGUAAUGAAUCUCGCGGAUGGAGCAACUAGUGCUUCGCAAUUCACCAUUGACUUUGAGGAUAUGGAGAAGAAGAUCAACGAGAAGACAAAGAUGCUAGUUAUCAACAAUCCACACAACCCAACUGGUAAAUUGUUUACUCGUCAGGAGCUGGAGAAGCUUGCGGAGAUCGCAAAGAAGUACAAUUUGAUUGUCAUCGCUGAUGAGGUUUACGAGUUCCACGUGUGGGAUAAGAACGACAUGGUUCGGUUUGCUAGCCUCCCUGGCAUGUACGAGCGCACUAUCUCCAUUGGCAGCGCCGGCAAGGCCUUCUCCGUGACUGGGUGGAAACUCGGAUGGGCUGUCGGACCGAAACAACUUCUCGAGCCACUCAAAGCUAUCCAUCAGAACUGUGUCUUCACUUGCUCGUCACCCACUCAAAUGGCUAUCGCCGAAGCGUUCCGUCUCGAUUGGCCCAAGUUCUUGAAUGACCCAAAGAAUUCAUACCUGGCUACUGGACUGUCGGGAGAGCUUCGUGGCAAGCGAGACAAACUGGCAAAGAUGUUGGAAGAGGGAAACUUCCGCCCGAUUAUUCCGGACGCUGGCUACUUUAUGUUGGCGGAUUACUCCCAUCUCAAAGAAGGUCUCAAACUUGCUUCCGAAGCUGACCCCGAUGACUUUGUCUUCUCUCGUUGGCUCUGUCGUGAGAAGAAACUCGCCGUCAUCCCACCAUCCGCUUUCUACUCCUCUCGUGCCGAGAAAGACAAAAACAGUCACAUGGUCCGCCUCUGCUACUUCAAGAAAAACGAAACACUCGACGCAGCAGAGGUCAUUCUGAAGAAACUCGGAAAAGAAUAA